UUAUUUUUAUUUUUCAAUCAUUUUUCAGCUUACUUGGAUGGUGAUCAUGGGCCCUCUCGCCCGCCGGGAGACUGGGUCCCUGAUCCAUCACCAUCCCACAACCACAACCGCCGCCACAAUCUCCGAUCAACUCUCAUGCCCCUUUGGGAUUCUCCAUGGAAUUGAUGCCGACGACCUUCGUCAGACCGCCUAUGAAAUCUUCUUCGCAUCUUGUAGAUCCUCCCAUGGCUUCGGUGCCCGGAAACACUCUGCCUCCAGCUUUGAUGCUGCCGAUGUCCAUGUUACCAGAGGAGGAGGAUGGGUUAGUCCUGGUUCACCGAUGAAACCCAACAUUAAUAAUCAUGUGACGAACAGUAAGGUGAAGAGGAGUCUAGGGUUGAGAAUGCUUAAACAAUGUAAGUCGCGACGAUCAAACUCUCUAGGCGGCGAUUCAUUGUCGCCAUGUUCGUCCCCUAAAACACCCAGAGGAGGAAAGGCCGCGUUUAACACAUCAUCAUCAUCAUCAUUAUCGCAGCCGUUAUCCAUAGGUCGAAGGAAGAUGACAUUGGCUGAGAUUAUGCGACAGCAAAUGAAGGUCACGGAGCAAGAUGAUAGCCGUCUGCGUAAAACACUCGUCAGGACACUCGUCAGCGGCCAAACGGCCAAAAGACCUGAAACAAUCAUACUUCCAUUGGAGCUCCUCCGCCAUUUGAAACCAUCUGAAUUUGCUGAACCCAAUGAUUACCACAAAUGGCAGCAACGACAGUUUCGUUUCCUUGAAUCUGGUCUUCUCCGCCAUCCUUCUAUCCCUCUGGACAGCAACUCAACCGCUGCUGUUCGUCUUCGUGACCUCGUUCGCUCUAUCGACCACCGCCCUCUUGAUACUUCCGCUCGAAACUCCGAAUCCAUGCGUACCCUCUGCAACUCUGUCAUAUCUCUUUCCUGGCGUUCAACCGCUGAUAAUAGCUCUCCAGCCUCAGACUCCUGUCAUUGGGCAGAUGGGUACCCGUUGAAUAUUCAUAUUUACGUGACAUUGCUCCGUUCCAUUUUCGAUCUCCAAGAAGAAACCGCAGUCAUUGAUGAGGUCGACGAGAUUUUCGAAUUGAUGAAGAAGACAUGGACAACUUUAGCGAUAAAUCGAUCAAUCCAUAACCUCUGUUUCACGUGGGUUCUUUUUGAACGGUUUGUGGAGGCAGGUGGUGGCGCUGGGUCGGAGGCGGAGCUUCUUAGGGCGACAUUGGUGAUGUUGAACGAGGUGAUGGGAGAUUCAAAGAGGGCCGCGACUUCGACGACACCGAUAGACUCGGUUUAUUUGAGGAUGUUGGGUCCAGUCAUGGUGGAAAUGAAGAACUGGUCGGAGAAGAAGUUAGAGGAUUAUCACAAAUACUAUCAUACGGGGACAGGAGUAAUGGAGAAUCUGUUGCUUAUUGUUUUCGCAGUGACAAAGACAUCAGAGAAUGAUGAUGUUCCAGUCUCGAAUAUAGUUGAUAAGUUCAUUCGAUCUUCGUUGAGGAACGCCUUUUCCCAGGUUUGCAUUUUCCACAUAAUGUAUUCAUUAUCUUUCUUGAUCUGAACUUCUUCUCCUUCGACGAACCUUAGUUAAU